AUGUCUGCGGGCGGGCCGAUCGCCAAGGUUUCCGAGGGACAGGACCUCUACCCGCACGGCCUUGCAUGCAUCUCGGGGAAGAAGGACGUCCACGCGAUCCUGAACAGGCUGGAUGGCGACUUCGAGAUCAUCGACAUGGAGAAGAGCGCGUUCGUGAAGCCGCAGAGCUGCUCGUUCGGCCAAGACGGGGGGCGCCGCCGGCGCUGGGACAUGGUCGUCUCGCACCCGUCCGUGGCCGUGCUAUUGUACAACCGCACGCGGGACGCCCUGGUGCUCGUGCGGCAGUUCCGCCCGCCCGUGUACGCCUCGGAGAUGCGCGACAAGGGCGCGCUGCCGAUGUCCGGCGGCCUCACGUACGAGCUCUGCGCAGGCAUCGUCGACAAGGACAAGUCUCUCGCGGAGAUCGCCAAGGAGGAGGUGCUGGAGGAGUGCGGGUACGACGUGCCGCUGGCGUCGAUCAAGCCGCUGACGUCGUUCAUCAGCGCGAUCGGCAUCUCCGGGUCGCGGCAGGCGAUCUUCUACGCAGAGGUGGACGACGCGCAAAAGGUGGCCGACGGCGGCGGGACGGACGCGGACGGCGAGGCCAUCGAGGUGCUGGCGCUGCCCAUGGCCAACCUCGAGGACUUCUUGAUCGACGACUCGCUCGCCAAGUCCGGCGGGCUCAUGUUCGCCGCGAUGUGGUUCAAGCACCGCAUGGGCGGGAAGCUGUGA